AUGGUUGGAGAAAACAAAGAAACACCAUCCAAUCAGACUGGAUCAACCACCCAGGGUCAAACCCAAUCAAACUCAUCUAAUGCGACCCAAGGAACUCAACCUGCACAACCUACACAACAACAACAACAAUCUCAACAAAAACCUGGUGGUGCACGUCCGGCCCAAGGUAGAUUGAACCAGGCCCAAUAUUCACAAGCUGAUUUGGAUAGAAUAGUUUUGGAAUAUUUAAAUAAAAAGGGAUACCAUAGAACCGAAGCUCAGCUUAGACUUGAAAGUUCCAAUAUCCCAACACAAAGCGUACCACCGGCAACUCCUGCAACAACAACUUUGGCAACACCCAGUGAAUUGACAAAUAAUGAUAAUAACAAAGAGCUUAAAGAUAAAUUGACAAAAAGCGAAAGAGAGUUGAAGGAAUUGCGUGAAAAACAGGCCAAGAUUGAACGAGAAUUAAAGGAAACGAAAGAUCGUGAAGUGAAAGCCGCAAAGGAAAAGGAUUUAAAGGAGUUGAAGGAAUUGGAAAGUAAAAAGAAAAGAGAAAACAAUCCUGAAAUUUAUUGCACUGCCUAUUCGAUGUUGAGAAGAUGGGUGGAUUCUUCGUUGGAUUUAUAUAAACCUGAAUUAGCACGAGUUUUGUAUCCGUUAUUCAUCCAUUGUUUCUUGGAAUUAAUUUCUAAAGGUUUUCCAAAUGAAGCCAAGGAUUUUUUCGACAAGUUCAAAUCAGAUCACUUGAUCUUGCACGGUGUUGAAGUCAAAAAGUUUGCAGGGUUAUCAUUACCUGAACAUUUAGAAGAAAAUGAUUUGGCUACAGCUUACAGAAAAUACAAGUAUCGUAUUUUGGUUUCUAAAACAUCAUUAAACUUGUUGUUGUAUUUUCUUCAUGAAAAUGAAGCCGUUGGUGGAGGUAUUUUAAUCCGUAUAAUUAAUCAAUACUUGGAUCCUGUUAUUUCCACUACAAGACCUGAUAAGAUCGACCAAGAGGGCGAAGCUAAUCCAGAAGAAGGUAUUUCCAAGUAUGUUGCUGACACUAACGAGGUUGAAAAAUUCAACGAGCAAACUGUUAAGUUGGGUAAGAUGCCUAUUGACCCGGAGGUUUCCAAAGAAGUUGAAGCUGAAUUGAAGCUUAAAGAUGAGAAAAUUGAACUGGUGAAUGGGAAAACACUAACUGAAGAGUUCCAAGAAAUGAUCAAACCCGAACUGGACCUGCCGGCUAGGGAAUCCUUGCCUUUACCUUUGAAGGAUGCAAAUGACAUAAAGAAAAUGAUUUUGCAAGUUGAAGAUUCCCGAUCCAAGAUUAAAUUAGGUGCCAUUCAAGCAAGUUCUCCAUCCGUGUGUAUGUACACGUUCCAUAACACGAAUAACGACAUGACUUGUAUUGAAUUCAAUGAUGAUUCUACCAUGGCAGCAGCCGGGUUCCAAGAUAGUUAUAUCAAAUUGUGGAGUCUUGAUGGUAAGCCGUUGAAAUCGGUAUUGAAGAGAGAUAGACACAAACCACAGGACAAUACACGAAAGUUGAUUGGUCACAGUGGUCCAGUGUACGGGGUUUCUUUUUCACCUGACAACAAGUACCUUUUGUCGUGCUCCGAGGACAAGACUGUCAGAUUGUGGUCAUUGGACACAUACACGGCAUUGGUUUCGUAUAAAGGUCAUACUCAGCCUGUAUGGGAUGUUAAAUUUUCACCAUUGGGACAUUAUUUUGUCACUGCAUCCCACGAUCAAACUGCGAGAUUAUGGGCAACUGACCAUAUUUACCCAUUGCGUAUAUUUGCGGGCCAUAUUAAUGAUGUUGAUUGUGUUGAGUUCCAUCCUAACUCGAAUUAUGUUUUCACUGGUUCAAGUGAUAGAACAUGUCGUAUGUGGGACGUACAAACAGGAAACUGUGUGAGAGUAUUCUUAGGACAUACUAAUCCAGUCAAUUGUCUUGCUGUUUCUCCAGAUGGUAGAUGGUUGGCCAGUGGUGGUGAAGACGGUAUAAUUUGUGUUUGGGACAUUGGAAGCGGCAGAAGAUUGAAGUCCAUGAGAGGACAUGCUAGAGCAUCAAUCUACUCAUUGGCCUUUUCAAAAGAUGGUACUGUUUUGAUCAGUGGAUGUGCAGAUAAUAGUGUUAGAGUAUGGGAUGUCAAGAAGAAUACAAACGACGCAGGUCCAGAACCUGAGGCGUUUGUCAAUAAUAAUAACAGUAACAAUGGAGCAAACUCAGCCGAUGGCAAUCAAUCAUCACAAAAUCAACAACAACAACAACAACAACAACAACAACAACCAACCAAAAAGGAGUCAAUUGCUACAAGUGAUCACAUGAAUGCAUUUUUUACGAAAAAGACUCCAGUGUACAAGGUUCAUUUUACACGUCGGAACUUAUGUCUUGCGGCUGGUUCUUUUCAAGGUUAA